AUGAUGAAUACAAAACCCACCGUCGGCGUGGGGUCCUUGAGCGUUCCUGGGAGCCCUCGAAGGGGGUCCAUGCGGAUGCCAAGACCUCUACCCCGCUUCUACAGAUACUUGUUGGCUUUCACAUUUGCCAUUAAAGAGAUCAACAAGAAUCUUGAUAUUUUACCAAAUAUGACUCUGGGAUACCAUGUGUAUGACUCUUGCAACAGUGUGAAUAAGGCUCUAGAUAGUGUUCUACAGAUCCUAUCUGGCCCUGGAGAUCUUAUUCCUAAUUUCUGCUGUGAGGAGUUUGGUCACUUGAUUGGUUUUAUUGGAGAUAUGAAUUCAGAUAUAUCUUUACAUAUAGCACAGAUAUUGAGCAUUUAUGGAUAUGCACAGUUCUUAAGAAGAGUAUCAUUCAAGGAUCCAACUGGGGAAAAUGUGUGUUUUAAUGAGAAAAGAGCAAUGACCACAUCCUAUGACAUAUUUAAUUUUGUAGUUUCCUCAGAAGGGAACGAUAUUCUCAUACAUGCUGGAAAAUUUAAUGCUCCAUCUCCUGAAGGAAAUCAGCUUGUCUUUAAUAAUAAUGAAACUUUUUGGAAAAACGGAGAAAUUCCAGUGUCUACCUGUUCUGCUCAGUGUCCUCCUGGCUACCAAAGAGUUUUAAAACCUGGAAUACAUAAAUGCUGCUUCGACUGUUUGGAAUGCUCCGAGGGAGAAAUAUCCAAGGAGAUUGACAGUAUAUCAUGCCAAAAGUGUCCAGAAGAUCAAUGGCCAAAUGACAUGAAUCGAUGUGUCCCGAAACCUAUUGAAUAUGUAUCCUAUGAUUAUCAUGACCCUAUGGUGAUUGCUGUCUCCAUUAUAUCUGGCUUUUGUUUUCUUAAAACAUCUAUAAUCUUGGGCAUCUUCAUUUUAUUCCGAGACACUCCAGUAGUCAAAGCUAACAACCAAACCCUGAGCUUUAUUCUCCUGGCUUCCAUCAUGAUGAGUUUCCUCUGUGUAUUUUUGUUCCUGGGUUAUCCUACACAUGUCACCUGUAUGCUUCGUCAAACUUCAUUUGGGAUCAUCUUUUCAGUAGCUAUCUCUUCUAUUCUGGCUAAAACCAUCAUGGUGUACAUGGCCUUCAAAGCCACCAAACCUGGAAGUUCUUGGAAGAAAUUUAUCAGUGUAAAAAUUACAAACUGUGUAGUCUUCUUCUGUUCAUUUCUUCAAGUUUUACUUAGCAUCAUUUGGUUAUCUACUUUGCCUCCAUUCCCAGAAAUGAACACUCACUUAUAUCAAGACAAGAUUAUAUUUCAGUGUAAUGAAGGGUCAGUGAUGGCCUUCUUCAUGAUGCUGGGCUAUAUGGGACUACUUGCAGCUAUUAGUUUCAUAAUUGCUUUCUUGGCCAGAAAUUUACCAGAAAGAUUUAAUGAAGCCAAAAAUAUCACAUUCAGCAUGCUGGUUGUCUGCAGUGUCUGGGUGGCUUUUAUUUCAGCCUACAUGAGUGUUACUGGGAAAAACACUGUUUUUGUAGAGAUAUUUGCUGUAAUAUCAUCAAGUGUUGGCAUACUGUGCUGCAUAUUCUUCCCUAAAUGUUAUAUUAUACUGGUGAGACCAGAUUUAAACUUAAAGCGUAGCUUAGGGACAUAA